AUGACAGGGGUAUUGCCCAGCUUUACUUCAACCAUCAACGAAAGCAUACAAUAUUUAGCGAUUUCGACUAUUCAUAUUAUUGGAACUUUUAUACUGUUGACACUUAAUUCAUUUGUGUUUGGCCAGACUAUUGAUUGUCAAAGACCUCCUAAACUAGUGGACCCUGCUACAUGUUGCCGAGAUGGAGGUCGAGACCAAAUUGCAGAGAACUGUGCAAUUCAAAUUAUGGGAGCUAAUAAUGGACAGCAAAACAAUGGACCACCCUCUAUGGAUGCAGCAACAUGUUUGGCGGAAUGCAUCUUAACUACAUCAAAGUACCAACAGGCACCGAAACAACUAAACUUGGCACACAUACGAAAUGACUUAACAAUGAAAUUUUCCAAUGAUUCCGCCUUUGUAGAGGCCUUGACUGCUGCAUAUGCCAAAUGCGAGCCGCAAUCGCAGCGUAGAUUGACAGUAAUUCAGCAAAUGAGUCCGCAGCAACCCAAGUGCAGUCCAUUCGCAGCCAUUGUUUUAGGAUGCGCAUAUAUGGAGUACUUCAAGAAUUGUCCUACUGAUCGUUGGACACAGAGUACGGAUUGUGCACUAGCUAAGACUUUUGUCACUCAAUGUGGCUUGGGUGCAUAAGUUGAAUUUUGUUUGUUAGCUUAGAUACGAUUUUAAAUUUCAAUAACCGUUUUCGGUGUGUACAUAAUAAACUAAA